CUCCUUCUUCCUUGCUGGCUCUAGGAGUGCAGCCAUGGCUCGAGAAAUGGAAUCAAUUUAUACAUCAACAAUUGGAUCUUAUAAGAAAAUUUUAGGCCAGUUUAAUCCUGCCUUGGAGAACCUGGUAUAUCUUGGUAAUAAUUAUCUCAAAGUGUUAAGUGCUCUGUCUGAGGUUGCUGAGAAUUACUAUAAUGCCAUUAAAAAGAUAGGUGAACAGGCUCUACAGAAUUCCACAUGCCAUGGACUGGGACAGGUGCUCAUUCAGAUGGCUGAAAGCUGCAAAAGUGCAAGUGCUGGGCUUAAUGUAGUGUUCCAAACAUUACAUGGUGACAUAAUGCAACAAAUGGAUAAGAACACAAAGUUGGACAUGCAAUUUAUUCACGACAGCCAAAAUCGAUAUGAAAUGGAGUAUCGCCAAAGAGCAGCCACUCUUGAUAAGUGCAUGUCAGAAGCUUGGAAAAUGGAGAGACAAAGGGAUCGUAACUUACAAAAUAUGAAGGAGAAAGUAAACAUGCUGCAUUCAGACAUGUUGUCCUUUGUCAAAGAGAGCCAACGAGCAGCAGAGCUGGAAGAGAAGCGAAGGUAUCGAUUUCUGGCAGAGAAGCACUUGCAACUCUGCAGCUCCUUCCUGCAGUAUCACACUCGAGCACAUGGAUUGUUUAAUGUACGAAUACCCACAUGGAAGGAGCAGAUUGAUGUCAGCAGAGCACAGACAGGACCAGUGGCUCAGGCUCAGAACUAUGCAUCUUCUCGUCCAGCCCAAAAUGCACCUAGAUCUGUAGUGGAUGUCCUUGCUAUGGUGAACCGUGCAGAUCAGAAUGAAGGCAGAGCUCCAGCUGACUUUGCCAAAAGAGGCUUACAAAGUACACCAUCUAAUGGAUCCUUGUCUAAUUUUCGUAGUCGUUCUAACUCCUUCGGUGAGGUGGCUGUAGCAGCUGUGGUGGCAGCAUCAGCUAGUACAGGAAAUAGAAAGGUUCAAGCUAUUGUGGAUCACAACACAAAAGGAAACCGCACCAUGUUGCAGUUUUCUAAAGGAGACAUGAUCACCGUUAUGGUGCCAGAAGCCCGGAAUGGGUGGCUAUAUGGGAGAGUGGACUCUCUAGCCACGACUGGCUGGUUUCCCGAGGCUUACGUAAAAUCACUAGAUGCAAGCCAAGAUUCAAGGUCUCCACCAUUGCGCAGUGCACAUAGUGCUAGUGAUCUCCUGGAUGACAAUGUCCGGCAACCUGCCAACAGAAACAGCCAAAGAGGAAAUGUGGCAAAUGCAGCCCCUCCACCACCCAACAACAACAGCAUAAAGAAGGCUCCACAAGGUUUGCGAGAGCUCUUCCCUAGGGGAACAAAUCCAUUUGCAACUGUUAAGCUUCGCCCUACAGUAACCGAUGAUCGCUCUGCUCCUGUCCUCCGAUGAGACCAAAAAUGCAGCAGCAGCUUGCACUGUGAGUCAUUCCUACAUCAUUUGAAAACCGAUGUGAGGGAUGCAGAGCCAUUGGGAUGACAAUAAUGUGAAAAUAUCUACAUCUAGCAAGUUCUGUAUUCGCUGUCUGUAAAACAGGCAUUGCACAUACUGUACAUUUCUUUCAACUAACGCAGUGAUUGUAAAUAAUAUAUUCUCCAUGAAACUUAAUGUCAGUGUUGCCU